AUGAAACCAAAUGAGCAAUACCUCCGAGAGAAGAGAGAUGCGAUCAUACAAGAACACUCGGAUAUGGCGACUGAAAAACAUACAGUAUGGCACGCGAGAAGCCGCGAUGCAACGAUUCCGCCUUGUGUUCAAAAACUGGCCGAGUUGAGAAAGAUCCGCUUUAGUUCUCUGCGUUCACAAAAUCCUGGAUGUGUGCUCUUAGUUCGUGCCAUCGAACAGCCACUACAACUAGGAGCUCUCUAUCCCGUCAUGAACGUAGUCGAGGAUAUCACUCACGACGUCAGCCAUCUGGAAGUCUUCUUUCCCAGCACUUCGCCCCCAGUAGCAAUACUCAAGCAAGGCACUGUGGUCGCUAUCAAGGAGCCUCUCUAUGUCAUGAAUCAUGGCAGAAAGGUCAUCAGAGUCCUACAACCCUCUAAUAUUAUCAUUCUCAACCCCGAGAAUAACAUGUAUCCAAAAGUGUUUCAGGAUCUUCAUGCAUCACUCGCGAAGACGAGUCUGGAGUGGCAUACUGAAGGCAAUGAUGCCUCUAAGAGAGGCGAGUACACUGAAGCAAUAUAUCGCUAUACAAAAGGCCUGGAGAUGCUACACGAUGAUGGACAGGUAUCUGAAAUGCAUCAGGGUCUCCAUUAUGGCCGCGUGGAUGCCGCAAUGCAUGCUGGUCUAUUUGAGCUAGCAUUGGAAAGCGCGAUGCUCCUUAUUUCAGCAACAGAGCAACCAUCGAAGCCAGAGAACACCAAAGCUUUGUAUCUUGCAGGGAAAGCCGCCUAUCAAUUGCGCAACUUUGUGUUGGCCGAGAAUUUGUUUGAACGUCUCCUUCCCACCUGUUCGGCCGAUCCACAGAGCCUCCGAGAGAUCCAGAACGCCCAAGAGAGACUGCGAGAAGAGAGCGUCGGAGCAUAUGAUUUCACCGCCAUGUUGAGCCAGCAGAUUUUCGCCGAUCAUGCCACUUUCAUCAACAGAAUGGAAGUUCGAGAGUCCAAAGAUCAUGGUCGUGGAUUGUACACACGAGACGAUAUCAAGUGUGGUGAACUUGUGUUCUGCGAGAAGGCCUUCGCAAUCUCGCAUCCCCCAUCAACAUCUCCAAGCGACCCAUACUCGAUUCAGUACAAUAACUAUUAUGGUGGCUGUGGCAAAGGAGUUGCUGCACUAUGGCUUCGGACAGUGCAANAAGUCUUUGCGAAUCCGGCUUACGCACGAGAGCUGCUCACCCUGUACGGCGGGAUAUCGUAUACAGACUACGUUGAUGCCCCUGUUGUCGAUGGACAACUCGCAAUAGAUGUCUAUCAGGUCUUGCAGAUCAUCGAUCACAACGUCUAUAGCUUCGAAGCCGGACAUGCUCAAGAGCCCUACGGCACUACCAGACACUCGACCAACGAAGAGCGAGAAUCAGUUGGCCUCUUCCAACACGCAUCAUACAUGAACCACAGUUGUCUGAACAACUCGAGCCGGAGUAUGACUGGCGAUAUGAUGAUCAUAAGGGCGAAUAAACCUAUACCCAAGGGCACCGAGAUCACAACAUCUUAUCUUUCACCUAGCAUUGGCGAACCGAGACGAAGUGCCGAACUCAACAGGAUCUGGAAGUUUCAGUGCGACUGCAAGCUUUGCGCCAACGAGAUUGCUUGCAAAGUUGACUGGAAACCAUUGUUCGAUGAGAUUAGGUCUCUUAGGUUACCACGGGAUUUUCACGAUCCAGCCCUCCUGAGAGGCAGGAUCCAGAAAGCAGAAGAGCUUGUCACGAAGUUUGAAGAGUGUUAUCCUGAGCACUUGUUCAAGGCAGGGGAAAUGCCUCGUAUCGCCCUUCGAGAACUGCAAGAGAUCCUCAUGGUUGCGAAUAGUCGUUUGGGUGAUCACGAUAGCUCACGCGAGCAUGCGCUGUGUUUCGUCCGAGAUAGCGGCUACAAGAUUUCAUCUCAGCAGUCAUUAGUCUUGAUGGACUGGAAGAACGGAAUCCCGAGCAAGGAAAUGGUAGAUGCGCUGUAUCUGCUUGCGAAGCAGGAGGCUUGCAGAGAAAUUGCAGAGCAGUACUUGUCCUUGGCUAAGCAGAUGUAUCUGGUCGUCAAUGGCACAUGUCAUGCCUGGGAAGUCGCUUAUGACGAUCUUGGGACUGGAUGA